GAUGAUCUAAACAUCAGCUCUCCAGUGAAGUUCCCUCCCGCACGCGCGCGCCCCCAGACGCGCUCGUGCGUGUGUCGAGAUUAAAACGGGCGUCUCCUCGACCAGAAGCUGACCCUGACUCCGCUGAUAUGGGAACUUUUUGAUUGAGAUGAUUAUCUGUAGUUUACAGUCUCUGGAAACUGUGAAUUUCCUGACAGUCUCGAGUCGCAGUUUACAGUAGAUUUUACUGUCUACUGUCGCCGCGGAAAAAUGGCGGUGAUUUCAGGGUUCAUCUUACUGUGCAUGCUCCACGCUGCAGUCCCUCAAGGUGUGGGCCCUCGUGGACCCAGGCCAGUACCUGGGCGAGGUGACAGUCCAAAUCCGACUCCACGUCCAUUCCCACCCAGACCUGAAGAUUGUAAGACUGGAAUAAUCCAUUGUCCUGUCAAGGUGUUUUUCACGCUCGACACUUCAGAGACUAUCGCCUUACAGGAGGCGCCUCCUGGCAGCCUGGUGACGAAAGUGAAGGAGUUCACCAAGAUGUUUGCCCAGGAGCUGAAUGAUGAGUUGUAUAAGGGCCACGUCCAGAUCUCCUGGUCCAUAGGAGGCCUGAACUUCUCCGAGACACAGUUUAUCUUCAGUCAAUUCACAAACAAGGAGACCUUCAUCAGGAAUGUUACAGGGAUUAUAUACGAGGGCAAAGGCACCUUUACCGACUGCGCCCUUGAAAGAAUGGCUAAGUACAUGACCGAACACACCACAGGGACAAAGUCUGUGCUCUUCUCUGUGGUCAUCACUGACGGCCAUGUGACAGGAAGUCCAUGUGGAGGGAUAAAGGCAAUGGCAGAGAAGGCCCGGGAGAAAGGGAUCCAAAUUUUCUCAGUGGCAGCGUCCAGGAGCAUCGAUGACUUGGGGAUGAAGGAGAUAGCCAGCUCUCCUGCUGAAGUGUACCGUGAUGACUACAUAGUUGUGGACAUCAUUAAUGACAAACCCCGAAUAGUGACUGAAUCCAUCCAACGUAUCAUAAAAGCCAUGAAAUAUCAAGCCUAUUUACAGUGUUAUGAACAUAAAUGUUUUGAGACUCCUGGACUUCCUGGGCCAAAAGGCUAUCGAGGUGCAAAAGGUUUAAAAGGAGACAGAGGUCGUCCUGGGCCAAGCGGUGAAAAGGGUAGACCGGGUGAUCCUGGCAUUGAAGGUCCCAUCGGACAACCCGGUCCAAAGGGAGAGGUUGGUUUGAAAGGUGACAAGGGUGAAUUUGGAGCAACUGGAGCAAAGGGUGCGGCAGGAGUACCUGGCAAGAAUGGAACUGACGGUCAAAAGGGUAAAAUUGGCCGCAUUGGAGCCCCUGGUUGCAAAGGUGAUCCAGGUGACGAGGGACCAAAUGGUUACCAUGGAGAAGUUGGUGAGACUGGACCACCUGGUGACAAAGGAGAAAAGGGUGAGGGAGGCCUCGAUGGAAAGACAGGUCCUGCUGGCCCUAAAGGUGACGAAGGACCAAAGGGCGAAGAUGGAAACCCUGGAAAUCCAGGACCACCUGGAGAGAAAGGAUCUCCGGGGCUUCCUGGCUUAGUUGGACCACCAGGCGAAGGGGGAAGGAGAGGAGACCCGGGAAUAAAGGGAGGUCAAGGUCCUGAUGGGCCGAAAGGGGAGAAGGGAGAACGAGGGCCACUGGGAGGCAGAGGCAGGCCGGGAGAAGAUGGACUCAAGGGCGCAAAGGGAGACCAAGGACUACCAGGACCGAGGGGUCAGCCAGGAGAAACAGGGCUGCCUGGAGGAAAUGGCACUGUGGGGAGUCCUGGAGAUCCUGGACCCAGGGGAGACACUGGGCCCCCUGGACCACCUGGUGACACAGGAAGACAGGGAUUCAACUAUCCUGGAUCGAGAGGAGCCACUGGAGACAGAGGUGAUCCUGGUAAAAAAGGACCAAGAGGGGGCAGAGGUGAAUGUGGUGCCAAAGGAGAACCUGGAGCUGAUGGACCACCAGGAGAGCCUGGGAAGCCAGGUCAGGCAGGUGGACCAGGGGAAAGAGGACCCAGAGGUGAUCCUGGAACUGAUGGGGGUCCAGGACCUGUGGGCGAUCCUGGGCUCAAUGACUGUGAUGUCAUGACUUACAUCAGGGAGACGUGCGGUUGUUGUGAUUGUGAGAAGCACUGUGGAGCUCUGGACAUCGUAUUUGUAAUUGAUAGCUCAGAGAGCGUCGGCCUGACAAACUUCACCCUGGAAAAGAACUUUGUUAUCAACACCAUCAACAGGCUGGGAACUAUGGCCAGCGACCCUGCGUCAUUAACCGGCACAAGAGUUGGAGUUGUUCAGUUCAGUCACAACGGGACCUUUGAGGCCAUUCGUCUCAAUGACCCCAACAUCAACUCGCUGUCUGCCUUUAAAACGGCAGUGAAGAAUCUACAGUGGAUUGCCGGGGGCACCUUCACACCCUCAGCUCUCAAGUACGCCUACGAUCACCUCAUCAGGGAUGGCAAGAGAGCCAAGGCCAAAGUUUCAGUGGUGGUGAUCACAGACGGCCGCUAUGACCCACGAGACAACGAGAAUCUGCUCCAGUACCUCUGCGACAACAACGUGGUGGUGAAUGCCAUUGGGGUUGGCGAUAUGUUUGAAAAGAAGCAAGAUGACGAGAUCCUGGCGUCAAUCGCGUGCAACGACAAGAAUCGUGUCACUGGGAUGAAGCGCUAUGUUGACUUGGUCGCUGAUGACUUCAUUGAGACGAUGGAGACUGUGCUCUGUCCCGAUCCUGUCAUUGUGUGCCCUGAUCUCCCCUGUAAACGUGACCUUGAUGUAGCUCCGUGCAUCCAGCGGCCUGUGGAUUUGGUAUUUCUACUGGAUGGCUCAAUGCGGCUCGGGUUGGACAACUUCCGGUAUGUCCGUGAAUUCAUCCAGAAGACGGCAGACAGACUCAUACUGGCCCAGAACAAGAAUGAUCGUAUGCGAGCCCGCUUGGCACUCGUAGAGUUCGGCAAGGAGAAUGAGAACCACUUAGCCUUUGGUCUCACACACGACCCCGCUGUCAUCGCCGACGGCUUGGCACGCUUGCCUUAUCUGGAUACUUCUUCAAGCGUAGGGCCUGCCAUCUUCCACACCAUUGACAACAUCUUGGGUAAAGGAAAUGCUCGCAAGACCAGACGCAUCGCAGAGAUUCAAUUUGUUUUCCUUACAGAUGGCAACACUGACACCACAAACCUAGAUGAGGCGGUUAGUGCCAUGCGCGGGGCACAGGUCGUCUCCACAGUGGUAGCUACAAGAGGUGAAGUUGACCAAAGUGUUCUGAUGAAGCUGGCUAUGGAGGAGCCGCACGCUAUCUUUAAAGGAAAAGACUUUUUGGAAAUGUCUCAGUCCAGCUUGUUUGACCGUUUCAUCCGGUGGGUGUGUUAAAAGAGAGACCACAUGGAUGUGAACAUCAUACUGGUGCUACUGCUGUUAAUCUGGCAUUUUAAACAUGAGAUACAGUUUACUAUGAAUCUACUCUGUGCUGUACAACUUGCAAAUCACAUCACAGCACUGUGCUUUACAUUUGUCAGGAAAACUGUAUUCAUCUUUAAUAUUUUGUCAAACAAAAAACGAGCAUUCAUCAUGAACCAUUAAGCUUUGAGAUAAUAAACCUGCAGUUUAUUGGA